UAUGAAGCUACUUUUGUGUGGUUUAGUCGCUGCAUUUCUGCUCAUUUUCAGCGGGCAGAAUUCAGUUCAAGGUGGAAUAGGACCUAGGCCUCCACCAUGGAUAGCACCACCACCUCCAGUACAUCAUGGCCGACCUCUACCCAGACCUCCACCCCCACCAAGAUAUUAUGGUCGACCCCCAUUGAGAUAUUAUAGUCCACCACAUCUUGUGCAUUAUGGUCCACCUCCACCAGCAUAUAUGUAUUAUGCCCCACGACCUGCAUGGGUGUAUUAUUAUAAGUCCUAGACAACUUUCUUGUAGUAUUUACAUACAAAUAAAUACCGCUGAAAUAUAAAAUUUCAAAGGUUUCAAA